AUGGCGUCCACGCUGCUGCGCAGGGUGUGGGGCACCGUGCUGGCCCGCGCGGGGCCGCGCGACCCGGACGCCUCCUCCUCCUCCCCGCGCCGCCGCGGCGCCCCGGCGGCGUCGGCGGCGGCGGAGUACGGGUCCCUGGGCGCGCUCGACGCCGUGCCGAUCGACGUGCUGGCGCAGAUCCUGCGCCUGCUGGGCCCCGGCGACGCGGCGCGCUCCGUCGCCGUGUGCCGCACCUGGCGCCUCCUCGCCUCCGACAACGCGCUCUGGGCCUUCUUCCUCAGCCUCGGCCCCGACCCCUGGGACCUCGUCGUCUUCGCCGAGACCCACCUCGCCGCCGGCCCCGCCGAGCCCCGCAGCGUCUACUUCGGCACCGUUCGCGUCCCGCCGCAGCUCUCCUUCAAGCGCAUCUACGGACAGCGAGCGCUCGUCCCCGGCUCUAUCAUAGUCGAUGGUGGAUCAGGCUAUUGCAAGUACGGCUGGAGCAAGUAUGCUGCUCCUUCUGGGCGUUGUGCUACUUUUCUGGAAUUUGGUAACAUUGAGUCCCCUAUGUAUGCAAGACUUCGUCACUUUUUCUCGACAAUCUAUAACAGGAUGCAUGUAAAGCCUUCUGCGCGACCAAUUGUUGUUGUCCUUCCCCUCUGUCACUCCGAUGAUACCGAGGCUGCUAGGGCCUCAAGAAGGCAAUACAAGGAGACAUUGUACUCGGUUUUGUUCGACAUGAAUGUUCCUGCUGUUUGUGCUGUUGAUCAAGCACUCCUAGCUUUGUAUGCUGCUAGACGAACCUCUGGUAUUGUUGUCAACAUUGGAUUCAAUGUCACAACCGUUGUUCCCAUCUUUCAAGGUAGGGUGAUGCGUGAGAUAGGCAUUGAAACUGUGGGGCAAGGUGCUCUGAAACUUACUGGAUUUCUAAAGGAGCUAUUGCAGCGAAGGAAUAUUUCUUUUGAAUCACUGUACACUGUUCGGACAAUCAAGGAGAGAAAAUUUGCUACGUCGCGGCUGAUUAUGAAGCAGAACUAUGUAAAAACACACAAGCUUCCUGUGAGGUGGAUGGUGAAGGGUGGUUCACUCUAUCAGAAGAAAGAUUCAAGAUGGCAGAAAUCCUUUUCCAGCCCCAGAUUGGAGGAGUUCGUGCUAUGGCUUUGCACAAAGCAGUAUCUCUAUGUAUGGAUCACUGCUACAACACAGAGGUGCUCCGUGAUCACAGCUGGUUCAAGACGGUGGUUUUAG